AUGCUUGAAUUUGUUAGCUCACCUAUUGUCAGAGUUCCCAACUGCCCUGCGUUAGGAUGCUUCUUGCAAGAUGAUUUCCGUUUUUACUGGGGAACGAGUAGCAUGUUCAUGGGAAGUUGCGUUAUUAUACUGACAACAACGAUUCUUGUAAAACUACGCCGCGUUGAAAAACGGUUAAGGGUUGCAAAAAUAUUUCUCGGUAAAGAGUCAAGUGGAUUUAAGCAGGGAAAUCGGAUAUCACUGGGAAUUUUGAUUAUUUCCUUGCUUUUUGUUACGCUGCCAAGUGUGGCCGCUGGUUUCUUCAGAAUAGCGGGAUUUUCAUUUUUUAAGACAGUGGGACUUUUUUACAUAGUUGGGCUAUUAUGUGCAGGAACGUGCAAUAGCUUGGCCUACCUAUCGCUGAACAGUGAGAUGCGAGAGUUUGCCAAACGUUUGAGAAGAGAAGUUGAGCUGCGGUUGCGUGGAGCCAGGAUCUCAAUUGUUAACUUUGCUCUAAAGUAG